AUGUGCGAGAACGAGACGAGGAAGUUUGGCCCUAGGGGUAGCCGUACCGUCCGGGAGGCGAGUGGCGUCCCGGGUUGCUCGGGUGUUCGCCCCGGUGUCAACUGUUCUAACGCCACCGUCGCCACCGCCUAGUAUGAACCCGGAGAGUUUCGCGGCCGGUGAGAGGCUGGUGUCGCCGACCUACGUGCGGCAGGGCUGUGAGGCUCGCCGCACGCACGAGCACCUCAUCCGGCUGCUUCUGGAGCAGGGCAAAUGUCCAGAGGAUGGUUGGGAUGAAAGUACACUUGAACUCUUCCUGCAUGAACUGGCGAUCAUGGAUAGCAACAAUUUCCUGGGCAACUGUGGUGUGGGAGAAAGGGAAGGGAGAGUGGCUUCCGCUUUAGUUGCUCGGCGUCAUUACAGGUUCAUUCAUGGAAUUGGACGAUCGGGUGAUAUUUCUGCUGUGCAACCAAAAGCUGCAGGUUCUAGCCUUUUGAACAAAAUUGCCAAUUCUUUGGUCCUGGACAUCAUAAAGAUGGCUGGUGUCCAUUCAGUGACCAAUUGCUUUGUAGUACCUAUGGCAACUGGUAUGAGUCUAACUCUGUGUUUCUUGACAUUACGACACAAAAGACCAAAGGCAAAGUAUAUUAUAUGGCCUCGAAUAGACCAGAAGUCCUGCUUUAAAUCCAUGAUCACUGCAGGUUUUGAGCCUGUAGUGAUAGAGAAUGUUUUAGAAGGUGAUGAGCUGCGCACAGACCUGAAAGCAGUAGAAGCUAAAAUCCAGGAACUUGGGUCUGAUAACGUGCUUUGUGUUCAUUCUACUACAUCCUGUUUUGCUCCAAGGGUACCUGACAGAUUAGAAGAACUGGCUCUGAUUUGUGCUUCUUAUGGUGUUCCACAUAUAGUCAACAAUGCUUAUGGAUUGCAGUCUUCAAAGUGUAUGCACCUCAUUCAGCAGGGCGCUCGGGUUGGAAGAAUAGAUGCUUUCGUUCAGAGCUUGGACAAAAAUUUUAUGGUUCCAGUAGGUGGCGCUAUAAUUGCUGGCUUUAAUGAUUUCUUCAUUCAGGAAAUCAGCAAGAUGUAUCCAGGAAGAGCUUCAGCUUCACCUUCUUUAGAUGUCCUUAUUACUUUAUUAUCACUUGGAUCAAAUGGCUAUAAGAAGCUAUUAAAAGAAAGAAAGGAAAUGUUUUCAUAUUUGUCCAUCCAACUAAAGAAGCUGGCAGAAGCCUACGAUGAAAGACUGUUGCAUACACCUCACAAUCCCAUAUCUUUAGCUGUGACACUUAAGACACUGGAUGAGCAUCGUGACAAAGCUGUCACUCAACUUGGCUCAAUGCUUUUUACCAGACAGGUUUCUGGAGCCAGAGUUGUGCCUCUUGGGGCUGUGCAAACUGUGAGUGGUUAUACUUUCCAAGGCUUCAUGUCACAUACAAAUGAUUACCCUUGUGCCUACCUCAAUGCUGCCUCAGCCAUUGGAAUGAAGACACAGGAUGUGGACUUGUUUAUAAAGAGACUGGACAAGUGUUUCAAGAUAGUAAGAAAAGAACAAAAUAGAGAAAGUGAUGGAUCUGGAGUUGACAAUGACAAAACUGAAGAUGCGGUUACUGAAGAAAUGGGCUUAAAACUAGAGAAUGUAUUUCUUGACAAGUUCGAGGAUUCUUCAUGACAUGUGAAGGGUUUAUUUUUGAUAAUUUGAAAGAAAUGAUGAGGUGACAGUAUAAGCAAGCAGUUUAAAAACAAGUCUUGAAAUUUUUGAAUUGAGAAUGUCAUGGAGAAUGUAUGGUCAAGGAAUAGAAUAUGGCCUGAUUUAGCCAUUUAUGAUUGUUAUACGUUUUAUUCUUAUAUAGCCUCAAGCAUUAUGAUCCUUAAUGGAUUAUAGUACACAAUUAGCAUUUUUCUAAUUGUGAAAGUAUUUGUCAACUAAGCAUUAUGAUUAAGAUAAUUCUUACUAAUAUAAGAGCAGUAAAAUUACCACAAUACUUUUUGAAAUGUGUAGACUGUUUCUUCCUAACUAUUCUCUACCGAUCACAAAUUACUUUUGUUUCUGAUCACAUAGAAUUUAGAAAGAUCUCUAAUGCUACUAAUUUCUAGAUGUUUGUGGAUAUGUGCAAGCCACAGUAUGCCUGUAAAAUGGAUACUUCCCAGAGAAGCAUAGUCAAGGGGUAAGCUUUAAUUUUCUCUCAACAGAAUUGGUUCUCAACUUGGGAUAAGUUGCUUAUUUCUAAGCAAAUAUCUGGGACAUUUUUGCUUAUAUUUGAGAUAUUUUGGUUGUUAUGAUUGGUGGGAUGCUGUUGACAUCUAACAUCCUAUAGUAGACAACUUUCAAAAACAAAGAAUUAUCCAAUUCCUAUUCUCAGUAAUGCUGAGAUUGAGAAACACUGCUCUAAAGUAAACUAACUCCUCAAGGGAAGAGUUUUCCACAGAAACUUUAAUUACUCAAUAGUGCUUCAAAGAAGAUAGCUCUACAGUGUUAUUUGUCUAUAUGGUAUAGACUUUUGGUUAGUAACCAGCGUUACCCGUUCUAAAUAUGUAACUAUAAAUGGUUUUAUAUGGCACUUGUGCACCUUUCCAUUUAGGUAAAUGAAAACUUAAUUCCAAUGUUUUUGCUUUAAGCAGCCUUCGGGUUUUGGUUAGUGUGCCCAAGUGUUGUGCACAGCCAUUAGAAAGAGUGGUUAACCAUGGGUAUUUCUGAACAUAUAUUGCUAGGGAAGUGAAAUGAUGAAGUAUGAUAAACAGGUGUAUCCUCCCUUCCCUGCCCACAUGUUCACUUUCUGAGUCAGAAAUUCCAGACCUAUUGGCUGUAACAAUUAUUAGUGUCAUUUAAGAAAUAGACAUAUGUCUCAUAGUUGGAGGAAUUAGUGAAGCUUCUGAAAAUACACCAAAUGGUGAAGCUGUUUCUCAAGACCCACUUUGUAGAGUGUUGUUCCUAAGAGGUGCUCAUGGGGAUAAAAGAUCUUGUGGACAAAUAAUUUGGGGACUUUGCAGACCAGCUUAUUGGCAUAUUAAAGGUUCUGAGAAUUCCUUUGAAACCAUUUGAAUGUAUCCUUAUCUGAAGACUUAUUGACAUCCACUGAACAUACUUUUGAAAACAUUGCAGUAGAGUCUGCCUUGAUUUCUGGGUGGUUUUUCUCUCUCUUGAUUUGGCAAUGUGCACUACUAAACAUGAGCUUAGAUAGAUCCACUCUCAUUAAAGUGUAAGUUUGGGUACUUUAGACACUGGCUUGACAACCUUGGAAAUCAAGACUAUUGAAAUAAAGUACUUAAUUAUAAAUAUAAUAAAGUACUUAAUUAUAAAUGUCAUAUAUCUCGAGUUCAAAUAUUGUAAAGAUCUGUUUU